UCCGUCCGCCAGCGGUUGUUGCCUUUCUUUAUUAUUAGUUUACUUAAGUUUGAUUAUAAAGUUGAAAUAGACAAUUUAACCGUAGGUUUUAAGUAAUUUACCUUCAUCUGUUUCAAAUAUUGUGUAUUGAUUUGAAGAAAGUUGUUUAUUUGUUCAGUGAAAAAUUAAAGAGCUAUUUAAAUUAUUCAUUCUUUGUCUGAUAGUUUGCAGUCGUUAACAAUAGAAAGUGAGGAAGAAUUAAGCAAAAAUAAAGGAUUAAAUGGCAUGCUAAUUGACAACGCUGUUUGGAAUUACACAUCAGAACGGCUCAAAGGUGACGAAGGCUCAACAUGACGGUGGAGAAGAGCAAAGGUGCUCAGACUAAGAUGAUCCCGCCCGCGACGCGGAAGGUCGCCCCCGACGGCGGCUGGGCGUGGAUGGUCUGUUUAGGUGUCAGUUUAGUUAAUUUUUCAACGCGUUCACUGGAGCCGUCAUUCGGUCUCCUGUUUAAAGAUCUGCUGGACGAGCUAGGCGUCCGGACGACGGGCGCGUCCGUCAUCGCGAGCACGCUCGACUCUGUCGUCAACUUCUCCGGGUUCUUCGUGGGACCUGUCAUAAAGACCUUCUCCUACAGAAAAGUCUGCUUUGUCGGCUCGACAAUAUGCGCCCUGGGUCUAUUGUUCACCGCCCCGGCGAACAGCAUGGCCCAUAUCUUAGCCACGUACAGCAUUCUAGGGGGAUUCGGCGUGGGGCUUGCGUCAUCGUCGUCCUUCGUGUCCCUGAAUCACUACUUCACCAAGAAGCGAGGCCAGGCCGUCGGCCUCUCCAUGGCCGGCACCGGCUUCGGCCUCAUGGUGAUGCCGCAACUAGUCAAGAUACUGCUCGAGGAGUACGGGUUCCGGUGGACGGUGGUGAUACUAGGCGGCCUCGCCUUCCACGCCGUGCUGGGCUCCUGCCUUCUGCAGCCCGUAAAGCGACAUCUCUUGGAGGAACCGGUCGACUGCGAAAUGCAGACUGUCAAGGAGAUGGAGUGUAUAUUGGAGAGCGAGGAGGAGGUGGACAAGUUCGAGAUCAACCCGCUGGUGUCGCACCCGGUGAUGCCGAAGCUGACGCCGCAGCGCUCGCACGGGAACAUGAACGCCAACCACCCCUCCGUGCGCACCGUCGGCAUGCCGCGCGCCGCCACGGCCGACAAGCCGCUCCAGGACUUCGAAAAGGACAAACUCGGUUUAAGCUUGAACACAUCGCUGUCUGUGGCGGCCAUGCCGCGCGUGACGUCGGCGGCCAACAUGAGCGAGGUGCGCCGGCGCAAGGUGUCCGUCAUCUCCAACAUCUCCAACAUGGACUUCACUGGCAGCUACCUGCAGCUCUAUCUCGAUACAGCUGACGAAGAUGCCUUACAAAUGAGAACUUUUAAAAAGUCGGAACCAGAAGAGGAGAAAAAGAGAGGCUUCUUCAGAAAGUUCAUAGAUUUAAUGGACUUAGAUUUACUGAAAGACUGGUCGUUUUUGAACCUUUUACUCGGUCUCUCGCUGUUUUGGAGCGGGGAGCUGCAAUUUAGAAUGUUGACGCCAUUCUUUAUCAGAGACCUAGGCUACAAUAUGGAGGAUACUGCCUUUUGCCUGUCCAUGACCGCCAUCACGGAUAUUUUGGUGCGAUUAAUAUUGCCCCCUAUUUUUGACAGGACAACUAUAUCCAAGAAAAUGAUAUUUUUCAUAUCGGCUUUCUUUUUGGCGGCUACGAGAUCAGUACUCGCGGAGCAAACGGAAUGGGUGCCGCUGAUGAUCUGGCUGUCCAUCUGCGGGUUCUUCCGCGGCAUGUGCCUCAGCAACUUCACGCUCACCAUCUCCGAGUACUGCCCGCUCGAGAAAUUGCCGGCCGCGUUUGGCCUGCACAUGGUCGGCAAGGGCGUCUUCGUCGUCAUCAUUGGACCUAUCAUUGGUUUCGUCCGCGACUACUCGGGCAGCUUCGCGUUGUGUAUCCACGUGCAGAACGCGCUGAUCAUGUCGUGCGUGCUGGUGUGGGGCGUGGAGUACGCGCUGGCCUUCACGCGCCGCCGCAAGGUCGUGCAGAUCUAGUGAGUGUCCUGUGUUGUGUGUCU